CAAGCGGAUGCGUUGCCAAUCGAGCUGCGACUAGCUUCAGGAACCAACCAUUCCCGCCCCGGGCGUUUCUUAGCUAUAGUUCAGGUAUCCUUAUACCCGUCUGACGUGAGAUACUUCUUUUUACGUCCACAGUCAUUGUCAUCAGGGUGUACACCACACCACGGCAACAAGUCGAGCCUCUCCCAUCCUCCGUCAUUCAUCCAUGUCCCCAGACAACCGUGGCGCCUCCGGCCAGGCUCCGGAGGAUACGCCGUCUUCUCGCGCUCGGAAUUUCUUCUCCGUUCCUGCACCGAUUAAGCGCAUCUUCGACCAAUUCCCUCUUGUCACCUAUCCUUCAAAUGACCUUCCUUACCAUUCCGGGAUAGCCCGACGCGGCAACCGUUUGUUUGUCUUCACAGAUCCCGCGAGCGCCAGACGAGGGAGGCCGUCGUUCAACCCGCAAUGUCUCAAGUGGCAGGCAUACUUGAGAUUUGUAGGAAUUGACCUAGAAAUCGUCCCCUCGAACAACCACGCUUCUCCAACCGGCGCGCUUCCCUUCCUUCUCCCCGCGCUGCCAGCCGCUACUACUGGGCCAAUUCCCUCGAACAAACUACAAAAAUGGGCCAUUGAACAGGUCCACUGUGAGGAAGAGCAGCAAUUGGAUGUGCGCUUUGAGGUGUAUGCCUCAUUACUGGAUCACCGGAUACGAAAUGCCUGGCUAUACAUGCUAUACCUGGACCCGAAGAACUUUGAAGCAGUAGCGCGGAGACUAUACGUGCAUCCAUCGACCAGCAAUUCUGCAGUGCGCGCCGCUCUGGCCAUGCAGCUCCAGCACGCUGCGCGUGACGAGCUACUGAAGACCUCGGCUUACGUGGAUGUCAUCGCAUUGGAGGCCGAUGCUGCGGACGCAUUUGAGGCGCUUUCGACACUACUAGGAGACAACGAGCAUUUCUUCAACCGACCGAAUCCCGGGCUGUUCGAUGCCAGUGUUUUCGCGUACACGCAUCUGAUUCUGGAUGAAGGGAUGGGUUGGAAGCAGAAUCGACUGGGGGAGCUGCUGCGACAGCAUGAGAAUCUUGUACAACAUCGCGACAGACUGUUAAGAUUCUUUUAGGUACACAGCCUACUGUAUAAUAUGUACUGACCAUACCUGCAUGCAUUACUGAAGCUGCGAAAGAAGGCAAGACGCUUGAAAUAGACAAAUCAAGACAGAUAUUAAUGUUUACA